AUGAUCAGUUCAUUUAAACUAUGUCGUGAAAUACUUAAACAACUUCCAUUGAGCACUGCUUAUAAUGUUAAGGAAAUUGGGAUUAACACUAAUGAAGGUAUAAGUGAGAGGUCGAUGUCGUUCCAUUCGUGUGGAACUGUAAAGAUGGCACCAGACACUAAAGAUGAACGGAAACAUGAACGCCCCUGCAGCUAUGGUUGCUUGGGGAGCGAAUCGAAGAUUAUAGGCUAUCAUAAUCAG